UUCCCCUGCAAACAGUUGAAAGACUAGAAGAUGAAAUUAAACAGAAAAUCAACAUUUGUAAUCAAAAUAUGGACCCCGAUAUAAGAAUGUCACUACAACCUUCAGAAGACAGAAUGGCAAGUGCAAAAGAUGAACAAAAGGGUGCUACUGGAUUUGAUAAGAAAAAACGCAGUAAAAUGCAUAAACGGUCACCGCAGACGAUCAAAACUAGCAUGAAACCAACGUCCGUCGGUACUAAGCCACCUGUUGUUCACACCAUUCGUGGGAGAUUAGAUGCACCAACGACAAGCAGUAUUGCUUACGUGGCAAUCGAUUUAGGUACUUCGUACAGCGGCUACACAAUUGCAGUUGGCAAUAUAUUGUAUUGUCCAACAUUUUUUGUCAAAUUGCCUACGAAGACACCAAGUGUUAUCUUACUUGAUGAAAAUAAACACAUUCGCAGUUUCGGUUAUGAGGCCGAAGAACUCUAUACAGAGCGUCAAGAGAUUGGUGAUCACUUAAAGUGGUACUGUUUCAGAAGAUUUAAGACGAUCUUUUCUUCAAAAGAAAAGGUGACAUCGAAAGAUGAACUUGUCGACGAGAAUGGAAGGAAAAUGAAAGCAUUGGACGUUUUUGCUGCUGCAAUACAUUACUUCCGCAAUAAAGCGAUGGAAUGGUUACGAAAGAACUGUGGUGAUAGAAUAAUGGAUCGAGAUGUCCGCUGGAUCUUCACAAUACCCUCGGAGCCGUUUGCGGCACAAUUUAUGAGAGAGGCCUCAUUUGAGGCUGGCCUGCAUCGUGAAAAUAUAUCUGUUCUACUUGAAUCUGAGUCUUUAUCUGCAUACUUUCAACUGGGAUGCUUAGACGAUGGCACUAGAUUUUAUAAACCUGGAACAAAAUACAUGAUCAUCGAUAUUGGCGGUAAGUUAAAAAACAAAGGUAUAUCUCAGGCAGGAAAGGUUUACAUGGAUAUGUAUAUGAGUAACAUAUACUAGUACACAAAGCAAAAUAUAUUAACUAGGAUGAAACGAACAAAUUGGGGCACCGCUUGCAACAACAGCACUGGGGAGUUUAAACAGGUUUAUGGUACACACUUUCCCUUACUCAACCCAACCAUGUUUGUUUCAAAGUCACAACAGCCUAAGAUAAAGUUUUCACUGACAAGUGAAACUUUAAGACACGAAAUGGUAGCAGGGGGGAACAUAUUUUAAAACACAAAACUGUUGUAUAUUUACAUAAAGAACAAGAGCCUAAAGGACUAUAAACGAGUGUACUCAAUGCCUUUGUGGUAAAAAUGUAAUAAGAAAAACACCAUUACGGCUCCGGCGACACAUCAAAACACCUAUGUCCCGUUCGGCUUUCAGAAUACCAAUCACCAACCAUUACUCUCCGACGCAAUCAUCGUCCAUAUAUAAAAGGGUCGAAUGCGAUGAAUUGC